AUGAGUGCUGCAAAAACCCCGCCUAUCCAUGUUUUGAGAGGUCUAUUGCGUUAUGCAAAGUCAGCCAGAGAAGUAGAUGCGUCUGCAGUUGUUCUCAAGUCAAGUCCCACUCAAGAUUUCAUCUUAGCCCAGUUUCGAGAAUCCAAGGAUCUAUCAGAAAGUCAAGAUAUUCAACGCCGACGGAAGCUUGCCUUUGAUUUCCUGACUCUCAAACAAGAUAUAGCAGAGCGCGAACGCUUGCAAAAGCUAGAUUCGGGAGCCGAAGUGCAAUUGUCGCCAAAGGAAAUGAGUCGUCGAGCUGCCGCUCGUGCUGGACUUCAGCUGCCCGAUCUCAAUCCCGAUCUGGAGAAGUAA